AUGCCUACUGGACAAGCUUCAGCGGAUUCUCAACGCCCCGCUUCGGUACCCUUCGCCUUUUUUGUCUCACUUAUCCGUGAAAUAUCUUCAGAGACGCCCCGAAAAGCCGGAUUUAGGGCAACUAAGAAUCGUACUUCCUACGUCAUACGCACGUUCCGGAAUUGGGUUUCCGAGCUUCAUCGCCAGUAUGCUCCCUUACCUGUGGGAAUGACGGGUGUGCUGUUCCGGCUCCUCUUCCCGGACCAAGACGUACGUAGAAAAUACGGGCUGCAGGAGACUACCUUGUCGCGACAACUCGCUGAGGUAUUUGCUGUGUCAACACGGUUAGAUGGGCGGGGUCAUAAUUUAAUCGCGUGGAAAGACGAGGCCACAGCAGGCUGUCUAGGAAUGGAAGUACAGAAGGUUUUGAGUGAAAUCACACCUGACGCGCAGGAUAUGGAGGGCACGCUCAGCAUGGUUGAAGUAGAUAACCUGCUCACUGAGCUAGCAUUAACAUGUGCUUUCUCGGGCCCCUCCGUCCAAAAUUUUAUAGCGAGGGCAGCACCCAGUCGAUCUAAGUUUUCAAUUCUUCGUGCGCUGUAUACGCGUCUUUCCCCGGUCGAAGCUUCCAUCAUCACUCAAAUUAUUCUCAAGGAUUUGAAGCCCUUAUUAUACCCACUUCCUCCCGGAAUAAAACAUUAUACCGCGCUUUUGCGCGACUACAAUACCAAUGCAGUUAAUGCGCUAUCCCUUUUCGACGCCAUGAUCACUUGGGAUCCCAGUGGACGUAUGUCCUCCGCAUACCGGGUCCGGGCUUGUCCAGAUGAGGCUGCGUCUGUGUAUGAAGCAAUGGUGGUUGAGGAAGGCCCUGGACCAUCGAUGCUUGGACCGCAAGUGGGGAUUCCCGUACAGAUACCCAAAUGCGUGAAGGGGCAAAGUUGCGUGCAUUCGUUACAGGCGCUACACAAUUCAAAGAAAGUGUGGGCGGAAACCAAAUAUGACGGAGAACGAGCCCAGAUCCAUGUAAAAAUGGUCUCUGGAGAUCCACAUAUCACCAUUUUCAGUAAGAGCGGACGCGAUUCGACUCUUGAUCGUGUCGCUAUCCAUCCAGUGAUCUUGGGCGCAUUGAAGCUAGGAUCGUCCGCAUCUCCGAUGAAAAAGAAUGUUAUUUUGGAGGCAGAAAUGGUCGCCUUUUCCGAUCCUAUAGGUGCAAUCGACGAGUUUUGGCGGAUCCGAAGUCUAAUUGCAAGCACCGCCAUAGGGCCUCGUCAUACCAGGUCGACAAGAGCAGGAGUCGGCGAUGAGCAAGACACGCGAGAAAACGAGUCGCAAUGUUCACUGAUUUCUAACGCCUCUGACGGCGGCACACGACACCUUGCCCUCGUGUUCUUUGACAUCCUCAUGCUCGAUGAUGAAUCCCUCCUCCAAUCGACAUACUCUGCACGCCGUAAAGUUCUGGAAUCUGUUAUCCAGAUUACACCAGGACAUGCAAUGCUCUCUGAGCGAACUGCAAUUGAUCUUGUAUCACCUUCUCGCUGCGCGGGAGAUGGCGACGCACAACUUCGUUCCAUCUUUGCUCGGGUGAUCGCUGAUAGGCAGGAAGGACUGGUCCUCAAGGCGGAUGAAGGGAAGUAUAACGAGCGGAGAUUUCCUUGGGUUAAACUUAAAAAAGAUUAUAUACCGGGCUACGGGGAUUGUGUCGACCUAGUAUUGCUUGGCGCAUCCUGGGAAAAGGAUCGCGCGCGCGAAUUAAGAGUCUCCCCUAAUGCCUUCACCACAUUCUAUAUUGGCGCACUCUCGAAUAGUGAGGAGAUCAAACCCAGGUGUCUGCCUCAUUUUCAAAUUUUCUUUACAGUCUGUUAUGGACUUAGCAGAGAGGCACUGGAAAGCCUCAACUUUCUUAUCAAGAGCUCAGAUACAGUUAAGUGCGGGCCAGGAAUUCCGUUGACUGGACUAUCCUACACUUACAACCUGUUUUCUGGAUUAAAACUACCCGCUACUAUGUUGACGAUGCCAUUGUUAGUUGAGGUGUUUGGUGGUGGUUUCACCAAGGCACCUCAAUGUAAAUUUUAUGAGCUUCGUUUUCCUCGUAUCUCCAAGUUCUACCGCGCGACAGAACGUUCUUGGAGAGACGGUACGACGUUGCCAGAAUUUCAGGAAAUCGCGCGUGAAGCGAUCGGGCGCGAAAGAUCGAACAAAGAUGUCGAGGAUUGGUGCAAUACCCUUUGGGGCCGGCCUAGCAGUCCCGGAGUUCGUUGUCCGACGAAACGCAAGCAUACUGAAGAACUAUGGGUUGAGCGGCUUGAGGUGGUGGAUGAGAAGGAGAACGCGAGGCUUACCAAAAAGUCGCGACUUUCCAAUCGCACGAAUGCAAAAACUUGGGAAAUUAAGAAGACGGACCAAAAUUCUGCCAGCCUUGCGAUGGCCUCUUUGGAACCACCGAGGCAACUGAGAGCUUUCGGCUCUGUGACAAACACAGCAUCCUCGUCUUCGGCGUCGAGAUCCAACCAUGAAAGGAUACCGUCGUUGCGAACUCGUUCCACGCGCCCUAGUGAUGCAGCUAUGCAGCCAGCGGGAACAUCAGGUAGGGGGCUGCCUCCUCAAGUAUCUACUGACAAGCCAACUACGUUUGUUGAUGAACCCGUUUCUCUCAAUCACUCGAAUGUAUUGAUAGUGAAUGAUCACCGCGACAUUGGAGGUCAGAAUGAUUCUGCCUAUCUGCCCUGUACCCCGAACGUAGGGCUUCCAAGUCCCCCUUUCCAGUCUGUUCGCGCCGAGCCGGUCUCAUCUCCACAGACUGCACCUGCAUACUCAUCGACUCCUCUCGCUAGUUUCCUGCAGGAUGCAGCUGUAUGGCUGGCAAGGCCCCAGAACUCCCCACGGCCACAAUGGCGGGCAGCAUCUCAGUCGGUGAUCCCCGCUGGACAACAGGUGCACAGCUUGGAGUCGUUCCUUUGGGCCUGCGGAUGGCCUACCUCCUCAGAUGCAGAGUCUCCAGGCUGUGAAUGGGCUUAUAAAGGUGUCGUUUUCGUUGACGAUAGUCUUCCCGGAGGUGAAGGGAAGAGUUGGAUGGAGUUUCCUUUGAAAACGUUGUUGGAGCGAAGGUCGGCUAUUUUGAAGAUGGAAACUCCACGGUGCAAGCCCGUGUGGGUCUUGAGCAUGACAAUGCUAAGCCACGAAGAGCUGCAAAAGGCAGCUGGCGAUAUCGAAGGGCGGGCAAUCUGCAGAUUGGGAUGA